UCAGGGUAAGUACUUUGCUCAAGGGUACUACAGCUGGAGGUGGGAUUCAAACCUGCAGCUUUGGAUAGAAGGCAGUCGAAGGUAACCUCUACGCUACCAGCUGCCCCCACUACACACAGCCCAUGUGUGCAGCUCCAACAGCAACAGCACCAAGUUCAGUGUACAGUAGGUAGCAACACAGGUACCGAUUGCAUGCGUCCAUCCGCUGCUCCAGUGCACGGUCGCAGUGCUCCACGCACACGCCGUUCCCGCACGCACUCGGCCUAUCCGAUGGACAGGAGCGUAGGGUACGGCAGCUGACAGUUUCCUUAAGGCGGUUACAGGGUCACUGCAGUGCUGUGGCAGCUGGUUCUGCUGAGUGACCAUAUCAACGUGUCGUUGCGUUUCCUCCGUGGGCAUCUCUUUUCACCGCAGGCCAAGUGCUCUGUGCAGAUUGAGUGGCCGGACGUUGUGUGUGGUCAGCCACAAGACAAGACCAGGGGUGGAGAAGGGGACCCUGGGGGCCACCGGGAGCUGACGGAGUGUCUGAAGAGAGCAGCACAUAGACACAGGGUUUGAAUUUGGACACAAGGAAGUCUGUUUGCAGGACGAUUGCAUGGUUUACUGCCCCCACCGCACUCCGGAUGCGUACGUACACACACACGCGUUCACACACUCGCAGAUAUCUGAACCACGACAGCCUCCCUUGACGGAGAUCGACCAGUUUGGGUUCCAAGGGAGAUGUCGCGGCGCUGAAACGCUGAUGACAAGCAGGCUUCCGUUCCAGCCAUCUGCAGCAAAAUGAAUCCGUUGCUUGUCUCCAUAUUCCUCCUCCUGGCUCACAGCUACCCGAUGACACGUGCCAGUUGUGUACGUGACAAAAACCAUGACAACCGUCCACGUGUGAGCUGCACCUCCAUGGGCCUGAGCAACGUCCCCUCCGCCAUAGAGCUGACCACACAAGUUCUGAACUUCACUGACAACCAGUUCAUCUCCUUGUUAUGGACCUCCUUCAAGGACUUCUCCGAGCUUUAUGAGCUGGACCUCUCCCUGAACCAGGUGUCUACAUUGGAGCAAAGCUCUGAGUUUCUCCUUCCCAAGCUGAAAAUACUGCAGCUCUCAAGUAACCAGCUCGAAGUGCUUCAGCCCAAUGCCUUUGCGGCAGCUGCUGGCCUCAUGGAGAUCCACCUGCAGGCCAACAAGCUGCACACCUUGAAUGCUGCCACUUUCAGUGGUUUGACACAGCUCGAGAUUCUGGUCCUCUCACAGAACUACAUCCAAGCCUUGCCUCCACAGUUGCUGUCCUUGAUACCCUCCACAGCUCUCAAGACCUUUGAUGUGGAGGACAACCAUUUAACCGUUUUGCCAAACCAGUUCUUUGACUCUAAGCCAGGCAUUCCCUACGUCUACCUGUCUAAGAACCGCUGGCACUGCAGCUGCAAGGUGAGCUACCUCUCAGCAUGGCUGAACAGUGAGGUAGAAAAUGUGUACAUCCGUGAAGGUCCAAACAUUGUAAACGACCCGGAAAGUGUAAAGUGUUACAGUCCAAGCAAGCUGCAUGACCAACCUAUCAUCGAUUUGAAGGAAGAGGACUUGUGCUCUCCACUAACUGAGGCAAGCACCCAGUCCCCACAUAUUUUUGGUCCACGUGGAGAUUUCUUGCAUGUUUCACCCUUAUCUACAGGGUCGUACCGAAAGUCUAACAUGUGGACCACAGACACAUCAACUGCAGGACUUACAGCUCUUAACACAAUCCCCAACAGCGCUAUGGCUCCUUCAGUGCCCUGGAGCCACACAUCCUCCAGCCACAUUUUCUACGAGACUGUGACACAGCUGUACACGUGGUUCUUUUUCAACUCAUCAACAACUCAUCUGAAUUACAGCAAAACAACCAAAGAAUUGUGGUAUUCAUGGUUUUUCUAUGGAACAAACUCAACAACAACCAGAGAAGUUCAGUAUGAACCAGUCACAGGGAGGUGGUCCACAUGGGUCUAUGAUGCCAUCACUGGGACAGACUUGACAGAGACCUCAAGUUCCACACCAAGUACGUCCCCUAGUUUCUCAGCCACCACCGCACUUUCAACCUUGCGUGAUCCUUCAGCCGGAAGCCCUACUUUCUCUGCUGGGCUUCAGUACGAGAUCAAGUUGAGAGACAGCAGAGAGGGGGGGCAGCCACUGGGAGUGUACUGUUGGUGGCUCUUCCUUGGCUACCUAUGCCUCUGCAUCUUUCUCGGGCUCUGGCUGUGUGUAGCCUUCCUCUGGCUCCUCCAUGGCCACCUCCGCAUUUACCUGCCCCUCCUUCGGUCAACAAGGGCACAGAGGAAGCAACUCAGGGUUUACCAGACAAUAAGUGAGACUCCCGCUGAAGAGUCAGGAGAGGGCAAAGAGAAGAACACGCCCAACAGAACUGGUGCCAUCUCACUGCCAGCGGGAGGGGCUCAGGCUGUCUUCCGCUCAGUGCUGCUUGUGUCUGUAGCUGACGACGGUGAGGACGGCCGUGGGGCAAUGAGGUCCACAGAGAUAGGCCAGGUGGACUCAAGAGCUGCUAGCCAAAAUGUUACAACUUGCAAGGAAACAGAACAUGCAGUCUUCAAGAGCCAGAGAGGGACAGAAGUUUGGGAAGAGGGGGGAGCAACAGAGGAUGAAGUCUUCCAGAAGACGCUGUAUAGGGUUAUCAGCCAAGAGGGACAGACACCUGGGUGGACAGAGAUACAGGACAGCUGGAAGCAAAGCACUAGAGAGCAUGAGAAGAAGCAAAGCAAGGAGUGGAAAAAGAGGUAUAGCCUCAUUUUGAGGGAGGAGAAGGUAGAAGAAGAGCAGGCGGAGAAGACGGAUGAAGGUCGGAGAAUGAGUGAGAGCAGGGCAGAACACGCGGGGAACGAGUGGGUGGUGGGCAAGUGGGAGUGGAAAGCUCAAGAGGGUGAGCAGGGAGCGGUGGCAACGGGUGUGGACGACCACUGGUCCCUGAUGCCCUUGGUUGCAAGAGGUGCAAGACUUCCACCAGCAAACAGCGACAGCACCAGUGAAACAUUCCUCUGAAGCAGGACAACACACGGGAGCUGCUUGCCCAGCUCUGAGAGAAGGACGUCCUCUUACACUCCACCGGCACUCUGCUUCUUCUGCUUAUUAGCACUUAGAAUAACUGCUUACUAUAAAGAAUCUCUCUUUUUUCUCUUCUGGGCAAUCAGGUUGUUUUGUGGCACAUAAAGUAUAAGUGUCAAAGUACACAUCUGUCGUGACUGCCAGGAACACAAGUUCUUUAAGAAAUGCACGUUACAAUUAAGAACAUGCACCAUUACAUAUAAUGUAUUGAGGUUUGCAAUGACCUAUGGCAAACGAUUUUGUGUAAAAAAUGAAAUAAAAGUUAAAACUUUUCCACUUUUUUUAUGUUCA